AUAACUCACGAGGGCCUCUCUGUGCAGUGUUUGUGUUUGCGCAAGCCGCUGCUCUCCUUCACCAGCUGGUCGUGGUGUAAACAAACAAGUUGUCAAGUCUCGCCACCUGACGGGAGCGUGGACACCAAAUGAAUUGAGUUAAUUAAGAGUCAUCAUGAGUGGGGACGAGGUGAUGAGGGACAUGCGGGAGCGGUCCAAACUGCGGCGACAGCUUCUGGCGCAGCAGCUUGGUGUGGCCAGUGCUGACAAACUGGGACAGGCUCUAGGUAACAUUGGGAAGCUGCAGGAGGAUCAGGAGCGUAUCAAGAGACUCAAGAGAUCCCAACAGCAAGAUGAACUGGAGGGGGAGGAAGCUGCUAACAUGGUGUACACAGACUCCUCAACUUUUCUCAAGGGCACACAGUCAGCAAACCCACACAACGACUACUGCCAGCAUUUUGUGGACACUGGUCAGCGGCCACAAAAUUUCAUCAGGGAUGUUGGUCUUGCUGAUAGGUUUGAAGAGUAUCCAAAGCUCCGGGAACUUAUUAAGCUUAAGGAUGAUUUGAUAGCAGCAACAGCCACGCCUCCCAUGUACCUUCAGACAGACCUGCAAACCUUUGACCUCCAUGAACUCCCCACCAAAUUUGAUGUCAUCCUGGUGGAGCCACCACUGGAGGAGUACCAGCAUACAGGUGUCACCAAUGUGCAGUUCUGGGACUGGCAGAAGAUUAUGGACUUAGAUAUUGCUCAGGUAGCUGCACCUCGCAGCUUUAUUUUCUUGUGGUGUGGGUCUUCAGAGGGUCUUGACUUGGGCCGACAGUGCCUCCGUAAGUGGGGCUUCCGGCGCUGUGAGGAUAUCUGUUGGAUCCGUACUAAUAUUAACAAUCCAGGACACCUCAAGAAUCUUGAACCAAAAGCUGUCUUCCAGAGAACCAAGGAACAUUGCCUUAUGGGAAUAAAAGGCACAGUGAGAAGGUCAACAGAUGGAGAUUUCAUCCAUGCCAAUGUUGAUAUCGACCUCAUAAUUUCUGAAGAGGCUGAGUACGGCUCACUGGAGAAGCCAGUUGAGAUAUUUCACAUCAUUGAACACUUUUGCCUUGGACGUCGAAGGCUACAUGUGUUUGGACGUGACAGCACCAUCCGUCCUGGCUGGCUCACUUUAGGACCUGGACUCACAAGCAGCAACUUUGACCCUGAUGUUUAUGCUGGCUACUUCGCAUCUGGGCAGAUCACAACAGGCUGCACUGAGCGCAUUGAGGCUCUCCGUCCCAAAUCUCCUCCCCCUAAGGUGAAGGGAGGGCCAGGGGGCAGAGGAAGAGGAGGAAUGUCGUCACGUGCUGGCUUCACCCGUGGGCGAGGUAGAGCAAGAUAGUAGUAGUAGUAGUAGUGAAGAGUUAGAUAUUGGGAUCGUAAUGUAGUUGGACUGUAUGUAGUGUGACAGGUUCCAAUGGUGUGGAGCCUUCAUUUAUGGUUUGAACUUUAAUAUUUUUGCCAUAUUAUCUCAUGUUUGGGUGGGAGAAUUCUCUGACACUGAAGUGCUGGUCCUGUGACAUCAGCAAUCAUGGAGUGCCAAUCAUCUUUCCUAUCUGCCAUCCUGACCAGGUCCACAGUGUUCCAUUCUAUGUUAAUACUUUCCAUCAAGGUCUCCAUAUAUUUCUUUCUUUGCCUUUCUCUUGCUCUCUUCCAUCAAUCCUCCCCAUCAAGCAAUCCCUUUCCACUCCUCCAGCUCUCAGGAUGUGUCCCAAAAGCUGUAACUGCCUUCUCUUUAUACUUCUUACCAACUCUCUCCACUCCUGCACGUCACAGCACUUAUCCAGGUAGACAGAUUGAUAGGUAAUUAUUUUAAAAGUUGAAAAUUAGGGUAAUUUGGAAUUUUUUAAACUUCAGAUUCAGUCUUUCACCAAGCAACCUAAGAACUUAAGACGCUUAAUUCCAGAUAUUUGAAUAAAUGGACUGUAGCUGCUGUGAAGUUUUACGUUCUCAUAUUUGAAGAUGUAUAACGUUAUAACACACACACACACACACACACACACACACACACAGCAGUAACAAAAGAUUAGUAUUAUGCAUUCAAUUUUAAUUUUAAGAAAGUAACUGAUUUGUAAAUCAGAAUUCACAUAAAGAAAUCUAAUCUGGGACCAAAAUACAUCAUUACAUUCAUCAUGCUUUAGAAUAAGGCAGUAAAGUAUCAAAAAUCCUUUCAUACUAGUUUUUGUGUUCUGUCAUUUCUCCUUGAUCAUCCUAACCAUGAAUGCAUUGAAAGAUGGAAAUGUGACUGAGGAGCAGCUGGUCACUUUAAGAAGUUGGAAAGAGCAGGCUGACUAAUUAUAAAAGACUAGUGAUAAGUAGUUUUAUUAAAACUAUUUAAUACAAAGAUAGAAAUAGCACUGAAGGGUGAAUGGGUAAGGAGACAGUAACAACACUAUGCCAUCAGUCCUGGUUAUGUUCACUUACAAUUCCUCAGUGGGAUUACAUGUCUAUCCAUUUACAUAUCAGACUGAUAUCCUACAGUCAAGAUAUUACAUUGCAUUCAUCUAAGCCCUCCAGUCCUCAGACCUCUAAGGGAGAGGGCCAAUUAACAUUUACACCAGCCUGUGCAAGAUUAAAAGGGUAAGUCAUGCAACACAGUAUUUUAUGCAGCAGGACUGGGCACCUUAGCUGGUUUACAUCACCAUGAUAGACUUAUACCUUUUCUCAUAUUUAACCCAACCUGUUGAUCAGAGCAGAUGAUAAAGAAUCACAUUCCAAGGUAAAGUUACUAUUAGUAAAUGUGUUUCAUAAUUAUAAACAGUUGCUAAAGUGUGCAAUAACUCUUCUGAAUAGAAUACCAGGGAAGAAUCUUUUGACCUUCAAUGCUGAAAAAAAAAUCUUGCUGCACCUAUUACCUAGAGAAGUCUUUCCCCACAUCUGUGUUGUAACUUUUUCAGUACCUUUACUCAUUCAUCCUCCUUAAAUUUAGCUCAUUCUUCCAUUCAGUGACAUUGAUUUCUUUCAAGAAGGGAGCACCAAAGCUGUUGAAACAAUUCUAGAACUCUUGCUCAUUUUGGAGGACAGCACUAAGUCAGUCUCCUUUUAAGAUGAUGACUAAGCUACAGACUGUUGGCUGCAUGAUGUGGUUUACUUCAGGAAAACUUUGUGAAAUUAUUAUGUUUUCAUUGUGUGGGGAUCUAGGUACUGCUGUAUCAUUAAACAGACACAAACAUAAGAGAAAAGACCAAUGCAUGUAAACAAUACAAUUAAUGAAUUUGAAUACUUUAUUGGACAUGGCUGGUUUUAUAUAAAUGUCUGAUGCUGACAUGUUAAAUUAUUGUCAAGUCACAUAGGACCAUUAUAAAAAAAUCAUCAUUUUAUAUUUUUCUUAUGAAGUUGCAUGAAACUUUUAACAAUAAAAUUAUAUUUAAAUGUUUAA